AUGCCGCCUCAGCAGGAGCAGCCGCGCGGGGUGAAGAGAAAGCCGCCCACAUUCCAGCAUCUUCCUCUCGAUCGCGCUAAGAAGCUCAAGCAGUCGUGGGUGGAGACGCAGAAGAUCAAGAGCAAAUGGAAAGCACAAAAGCGUAAAGAAGGGCUCGUCGCCCCUCGGGCGCAGUUGGAACACAUGCUGGAUACGCCGGCAGACAAGGCUGGACAGUCGGAUGAAGAAAAGGACGAUGAGGCGCUGUCCCAGACUUCUAGCGCGGAUCGCGCGAAAAAGCCGGAAGAGAAGCUUACCCUUCGGGAACUUCAGGAUAAAGCGUACUCUAAAGAGUCACUGCAUCGUCACAAAUCACACCCGCUGAAAGGCCACAAGGCACCCGCCAGCUCGAGAGGACGAGGCGGCAGGGGCGGCAGCAGCCGUGGUGCGCCGAGAGGACGAGGUGGAGGUCAGCCGGAUAUGGGCCUGCGCAUGAAGGCGAUGCUCGAGAAGAUCAAACAGGACCUUACUUGA